CCUGUUGGACGCCGGCGCGGGCGCUGAGGACGCCAGGCGUGGUGACCUCUGGCUACCUGACGAGGAAGGAAGGACGAGGAGACCCUCCCUCGGGAGGACGCGUCUCCGUCGCGUGCGACGCCGCCUGGACUUCCCGGAUCAAGCGCACUGGCGUUUACCGGCGCCGGCAGGGCCGCAAGCACCGCUGACAGCAGUGCGGGCGGUUUUCCCUGCUCCGGUGUCGCAGGGGAAGAAGCCCAGGCUGUCGCCAGGGAAGGAGUCCUCUGAAUCCUUCACCAUGGCAUCCAGUCCGGCCCGGCGCCGGCGAGGCAACGACCCUCUGACCUCCAGCCCCGGCCGGAGCUCCCGACGCACGGAUGCCCUGACCUCCAGCCCCGGCCGCGACCUGCCCCCCUUCGAGGACGAGUCCGAGGGGCUGCUGGGCACAGAGGGGCCACUGGAGGAGGAGGAGGAGGACGGGGAGGAGCUCAUCGGGGACGGCAUGGAGAGGGACUACCGAGCCAUCCCAGAACUGGACGUCUACGAGGCCGAGGGGCUGGCCCUGGACGACGAAGACGUGGAGGAGCUGACGGCCAGCCAGAGGGAGGCAGCUGAGCGGGCUAUGCGGCAGCGCGACCGCGAGGCCGGCCGGGGCCUGGGUCGCAUGCGCCGCGGGCUCCUGUACGACAGCGACGAGGAGGACGAGGAGCGGCCUUCCCGCAAGCGGCGCCAGGUGGAGCAGGCCACGGAGGACGGGGAGGAGGACGAGGACAUGAUCGAGAGCAUCGAGAACCUGGAGGACCUGAAGGGCCACUCCGUGCGUGAGUGGGUGAGCAUGGCGGGGCCGCGGCUGGAGAUCCACCACCGCUUCAAGAACUUCCUGCGCACCCACGUGGACAGCCACGGCCACAACGUCUUCAAGGAGCGCAUCGGCGACAUGUGCAAAGAGAACCGCGAGAGCCUGGUGGUGAACUACGAGGACCUGGCAGCCAGGGAGCACGUCCUGGCCUACUUCCUGCCCGAGGCGCCCGCGGAGCUGCUGCCCAUCUUCGACGAGGCGGCCCUGGAGGUGGUGCUGGCCAUGUACCCCAAGUACGACCGCAUCGCCAGCCACGUGCACGUGCGCAUCUCCCUCCUGCCGCUGGUGGAGGAGCUGCGCUCACUGAGGCAGCUGCACCUGAACCAGCUGAUCCGCACCAGCGGCGUGGUGACCAGCUGCACGGGCGUGCUGCCGAAGCUGCGCCUGGUCAAGUACAACUGCAACAAGUGCGCCUCCGUCCUGGGGCCCUUCUCCCAGUCCCAGAGCCAGGAGGUGAAGCCGGGCUCCUGCCCCGAGUGCCAGUCGGCCGGCCCCUUCGAGGUCAACAUGGAGGAGACUGUCUACCAGAACUACCAACGCAUCCGUAUUCAGGAGAGCCCGGGCAAGGUGGCGGCCGGCCGGCUGCCGCGCUCCAAGGACGCCAUCCUCCUGGCAGACCUGGUGGACAGCUGCAGGCCAGGGGAUGAGAUCCCCUCAACACGGCCAACGGCUUCCCCGUCUUCGCCACUGUCAUCUUGGCGAACCACGUGGCCAAGAAGGACAACAAGGUGGCCGUGGGGGAGCUGACGGACGAGGACGUGAAGAUGAUAACGGGCCUCUCCAAGGACCAGCAGAUCGGGGAGAAGAUCUUCGCCAGCAUCGCCCCUUCCAUCUACGGGCAUGAUGACAUCAAGCGAGGCUUGGCCCUGGCCCUGUUUGGGGGGGAGCCCAAAAACCCAGGUGGGAAGCACAGGGUACGCGGUGACAUCAACGUGCUCCUAUGCGGGGACCCGGGCACAGCCAAGUCGCAGUUCCUCAAGUACAUCGAGAAGGUGUCCAGCCGCGCCAUCUUCACCACCGGCCAGGGCGCGUCGGCUGUGGGCCUCACAGCGUAUGUGCAGCGGCACCCGGUCAGCCGGGAGUGGACCCUGGAGGCCGGGGCCCUGGUGCUGGCCGACCGCGGGGUGUGCCUGAUCGACGAGUUUGACAAGAUGAACGACCAGGACAGGACCAGCAUCCACGAGGCCAUGGAGCAGCAGAGCAUCUCCAUCUCGAAGGCCGGCAUCGUCACCUCCCUGCAGGCGCGCUGCACGGUUGUCGCCGCCGCCAACCCCAUAGGAGGGCGCUACGACCCCUCACUGACCUUCUCCGAGAAUGUGGACCUCACGGAACCCAUCAUCUCCCGCUUCGACAUCCUGUGUGUGGUGCGGGACACCGUGGACCCAGUCCAGGAUGAAAUGCUGGCCCGCUUCGUGGUUGGCAGCCAUGUCAGGCACCACCCCAGCAACAAGGAGGAGGGGGGCCCGGCCGGCAGCAGCCCAGAGCCCACCCCGCCCAACACGUCCGGCGUGGAGCCGCUGCCCCAGGAGGUCCUCAGGAAGUACAUCAUCUAUGCCAAGGAGAACGUCCACCCGAAGCUCAACCAAGUGGACCAGGACAAGGUGGCCCGGAUGUACAGCGACCUGAGGAAGGAGUCCAUGGCGACAGGCAGCAUCCCCAUCACAGUGCGGCACAUCGAGUCCAUGAUCCGCAUGGCGGAGGCCCACGCGCGCAUGCACCUGCGGGACUACGUGGUGGAGGACGACGUCAACAUGGCCAUGCGUGUGAUGCUGGAGAGCUUCAUCGACACGCAGAAGUUCAGCGUCACACGCAGCAUGCGCAAGACUUUCGCCCGCUACCUGUCCUUCCGUCGGGACAACAAUGAGCUGCUGCUCUUCAUACUGAAGCAGCUGGUGGCCGAGCAGGUGGCGUACCAGCGCAACCGCUUUGGGGCCCAGCAGGACACCAUAGAAGUGCCCGAGAAGGACCUGGUGGACAAGGCCCGGCAGAUAAACAUCCACAUGCUGUCCGCCUUCUACGACAGCGAGCUCUUCAGGGCCAACAAGUUCAGCCGUGACCUGAAGCGGAAGGUGAUCCUGCAGCAGUUCUGACUGGCCCUCGGUGCUGCCCACCCUGGCGUGGACCCCAGAACCGCGUACUGGGAGGGGCGCGGCUGCUGUGGACUCGGGCUGGCGCGUGGUCACCCCACUGCCCAGCAGUGACUCCUAGGCCCCUCUUCCUGGCCGCUCUCAACCUGUCGGCCUCUGGCCGGGCACAGCCUUCACAAUGCGGCUCCCAGCACCCGGCAUCGUGCCCGCACGGCCCUCCACAGCGCCUGGCCAGAGGGGACCGUGCGUCCUUACGUGGUGUCAGGACAGCCACCACCUGGUGUGAGUGCAGUGUCCUGGCUGCCCUGCCCUGCCCGGCUGCUGCGUGAGCCCUAGAAGGCCAGCUGCAGUCCAGACCCCAGGGGUCAGGUGUGGUCGCUCUCAGCCUUUGCUGUCCCUUCCUUGUUUGUAUAGUUUUCAUAGCCGAAACUUUUAAUAAAGUGGAGUAACGCUAA